AUCACAUCCACCCCAAUCUAACCAACUGAUCACCAUCCUCGAGACCACAACAAUGACUUUCCUAGCUACCUUUAUCUCCCUCCUCACACUCUUCACCCCUGCCCUCUCCGCCACGAACUGCAGCACCGGCGCCUUCACCGUCAUGUCCAUCCGCUCCGGCACUUUCAUCCAAAACCUCCCCCUGACCGCCGCCGACACCAACUUCUACCUAGGAGGCACGACCUCCACCGCAUGUCCAGAAGACGUAGCUGAAUACGAUGCCUGUCCACCAGGAGAUGAAACGGUGAUCGACUACAGCAACUAUCUGAGCUCCGGGUACGUCCAAGAAAUCUACGUCGACCCCACCGGCGCAUUGAAGUUCGUCGAAGCGCACACAACAUACAUGAACCCUGGUGCGUCGACGAGCACGUUCUGCUACACGCCGGGUACGAGCUAUGGACAAUGGACGUAUACGGGCCUCGGGGCGACGGGGUUCAUGGCUUGUCCGUUGGAUGAGGAUGAGGAGGUGAAUGGGGGUGCGUGGCAGGUCUUUGCGGCCAUGAAGAAUGCGACGGUGCCGUCGGGGAAUGUGAGUGAUUGCUUGGGGUUUGAGGCUCUUGCGUACCCGUGGGUGUCGAAUGGGAGUUCGAUUGCGGCGUGGCAGUAUGAUUGAUUAAUUCAUGAUUUCUUUGAUGGGUGGUAGUGUUAUGGAGGUGUGAGAGGGGAUAGUAUAUAUGUUGAUUGUGUCGCUUCUGGGGUUUGAAGUUAAU